GCUGACAGCUGACAGUCGCCGCGGCAACUGACGUUUGUGCACGCAAAUAAUAAACCCGAAGACCUCACGUUUCCUCGAAAAGCCAACGGAAGCCAGCGUCUAAACCCAAAACCGCCUUAAAAUGUGAAAAACUGAUGAGCAGCCUACCAAAACCGUGUGGCUCGGUGGCAAGCCAAAAAAUCUACCACAGCACCAAGGACCCCCCUUUGUUUUUUAUUAUGAUGCGCUUGAACGUAAAAGUAGCCCUACUUUUUCUAACGACAAUCGGAUUUUUCACUAUUUUGAUUCUGUGGUCGGUGUGCGGUAAAGAAGCGAAAAGUUUGCAAGAUUGGAGGAGACGCGGAAGGUACAGUUUGGACAAGCUGGUGGAGCUUCAGGGGGCCGAAGAGAUCGACUGCGACAUCAACGGGGAGUAUGUGAUAGGGUGCCGAAAAGAAGGGGAUGAAGUGUACUUGCCAUUUUCUUUCUUGCAUAAGUAUUUCGAGGUUUAUGGGAAACUAGCGACGUACGACGGUUUGGAGAGGUUCGAGUGGUCGCAUAGUUAUAGUAAGGUGUAUCAUCCAAAGGGGAAGUAUGAUCCGAGGGGGGUUUUUAUGUAUUUUGAGAAUUACAAUGUGGAAGUUCGGGACAGGGUGAAAUGUGUUAGUGCUGUAGAAGGGGUUCCUAUAUCGACGCAAUGGGAGAGUCAGGGUUACUAUUAUCCAACGCAAAUUGCCCAGUUUGGGUUGUCUCAUUAUAGCAAGAAUCUCACGGAACCGGAACCUAGAAAAAAACUGAUCGAAGACGGCGAGAAAGAAUUGGCAAAGUGGGUGAUUCCCCAUCCUGGCAUCAUCGAAAGGGUCUAUGACAAGUCAGUCGGGAGCAAAGUAUUGAAGUUUAAAACCGGCGAUCUGUAUUUGGAUGCCAUUCAACUCAAAAUGGAGCACGUACUAGAUUUCAUUAUGUCUCUUAAUAUAGCACUCAGCGGCAACAGUAGUUUUAGCAUUGUUUUACAAAAUAGGGAGACUAGAGACAUUUAUAAUUUACACUAUAUCACGUCUGACAUACUUAUAACAGUCCAGGAUAACAACGUGUAUCACGGACUUGGCUUGACUCAAGAAUGGAAAAAAGUCACUCGCGAUCUCAUAGUCGACUUACAAAAAGGCUUAAACUACCUUGACAAGGAGAAAUCCAAGCAUAAAAUUCCUAGAUCCAAGUUAAAAAUAAUCGCGAUGUCUUUGAGGGGUUAUGGUGCCAUCGACAAUCUCACUCUGUCUUCUUCAGAGCACAUACAACAGUUUUACGACGCCGCUGAAUGGUUUGUGAGACACCAAGAUCCAGAAACCGGUGGGUGGUCUAUUCCAGUCAAAAGAAAAUUGGCUUCGGGUUUCCACGACUUACAAGCAGGUUGGUACUCCGCCAUGGGCCAAGGCCACGCCAUCUCCGUGUUAUCUCGCGCCUACCACCACUCGGGUGGCGACAUUCGCUACCUGAACGCCGCUCUUGCCGGCCUCAAGCCUUUCCAAGUCUCCAGCCACAAGGGCGGAGUGUUGGCCACGUUCCUCAACAAGUACCACUGGUACGAAGAGUACCCCACCAAACCGGCGUCCUUCGUUCUCAACGGCUUCAUCUAUUCCCUGCUCGGCUUGUAUGACCUGAUGACUAUAGCGCCGCCCGGUCAAGCCGACGAAGCCGAGUUCCUCUUCAGGGAAGGGAUGAUUUCGUUGAAGGGGAUGCUCUUGUUCUACGACAUGGGGAGCGUGACGUCGUACGACCUGCGACACAUUACGCUAGGCGUCGCUCCGAAUCUGGCAAGGUGGGACUACCACGCCACUCAUAUCAAUCAGUUGUUGUUGUUAAGUACUAUCGAGAACGAGCCGUUGUUUGUUCAGACGGCCGAGCGCUGGAUCGCGUACAUGGCGGGGAAGAGGGCGGCGCAUAAUUGAAGGGGAGGGGCUCACGACGGUUGUAAGGAUGUGCAGCGGAUGUCAGGCGUGCGAUGGGGGUGUGGCAGCUUUUUGCGGUAGUCGUAGUCGGAAAGGGAGUCUGCCCCGGUAGCUUUUCGUUUUAAAUUGCAGAUAUAUUUUAAUUUGGAAUGAAUGACAAUCCUGAAGGCGGCAGCUUAAAGGAAAGGGGCGGGAUUUAUGACCAAUCGGAACGUUGGCUCCCAACAGCUAAUAACUUGUGUGAUAUUGUCCAGUUGACAAGGGAAUUGUGCUUUAAAGUGCCAUAUUUAAUAUGAUUUAAGUUGAUUCACCCAGCACACUCAAAACGCCUGACAUCCUUAAAAAUCUUGUUAUCCAGUGACGGCGCCUUGGAAAUCCUACUGUGAUUCCUAAACGACGUCAAAGAUGUUGUAGGAAUUCAUAUUUCUCGAAUCUAAAUUACUUUUUAGUAAACAUAAACGUCUCAGAUUUUAAAAAUUUGACAACUCAUCCCCAACAUUCCACAAAUGAAAAUUAUAACCUCUUCGUCCCUUUUCUCUAAACCUGGCGCCGCCGCUGGUCGUACCUACUCAUGUUGCAUUUAGUUGUUUUCUGGCGUCUGUGACGUCGGUGUAGAAGGGCUGCGAUUGUUUAUUGUUCAAAGGACCAAAUUAGCUUCUUCAGAGUUUAUUUUCGUUGUUUAUUAAUAGGUUUCUUUCUAAGAAUUGUAUACCAAACGUUUUAGACGUAUUUCUAUGUAGCUACCUUUUUCGUAGUUGUAGUAGCAGCAACGGCGUUGUGAUUGUUCGAUGUAAGCCCCGCCCGACGACCUUGACUGUCGAUCGGUUCGGCAAAAAGAGGCGGAGCGGAGCCGAAAUUGUAAGCACGGUAUACAUUUAGACUCGUAUAAGUAUGGUUCUCAGUUAGGAAAACCCGCGAAAGGGGACUUCGGACAGCCAAAUUAGUCGUUCGAAGUGUUUUUGUACAUUUUUACCAAUUUCAUACUGUUUAGAAGUUUUAGGUUUGUGCGGCCGAAUCCAUUUACAUUUUUCAAAGUAGCUCAAACUGGGCGCAACAUAAAAACGACUGACAAUCCUAGAGUUAAAGAUAAAUCUCAAAAUUCCAUGCGGUCGCAUAAAUUUGAAACGGACGCGGAAAUGACAUUCAGAUUUGUAAAGUUCGUCGUCGUAUUUUCGUUAUGUUGUGUCGAAAUGUCGGAUUUUACGAAGUCUGUUGUCGAUCAGUAGGUCGAGUAUCUUCAAAGACUAAUAGUUGCGAGAGAAUAGGAGUCAAUUAUAGGUUGUAGUAAAUAAAAGUGUACAUUAAAACGGGAUUUUUGUACAUAUUCAUGAUGUUGCUGCAAUCAUAACAUUUAAUGUUAGGCGAGGCGUAGCGAUUUAUAAAUCUUUUACAGUGUAUAACGCAACUUAAUCUAUUCGAAAAGAGCUUACUAGUUUACCUCAGCAGUACCUAAAGCUAUGUAGUUGAUAUACCUGUCCAAGACAGACCUGCGAUCCGUCCUGGACAGACUAUACUUCCAAAUGUCCUGCCUAAACCACAAAGUAUAUAACAUGUGUUCAUGAAAACAGCACUAAUGUAAUCAGUUUGGUCGUUUCCGCGGCCGAGGUAUACUUUCUCAACGUAAUUUGAAUUUUGCCGUCCCCCUUAACCAAGGCUUCUUUUUACCUUAUUUCGAAAGCCUAAGUUAAGUAGCCGAUGUGAUAUUAUUUACGUACCAAACUGUACUUAAUUUUUUCUUUUAACUAAUCGGGGCACUGCCAAUUGUUUAUAAUCUAUAAGCGGCCACUUUCUCGCUUCCGAAGCGACGAAAUGGCUCUCUUCGAUGUUCGAAUAUUGGAUCCAAAAUUAAGUGACUGGGACAAUAACACUUAGGGAAAUAUACUAACCUAAACAA